AUGUUACAAGCAAAAGAUUCUAAUAAGGUCUUUCGGCUAUAUAUUGAUGAUCCAAUAAGUAGUGAUAGUAUUAUCGCCCAACGAGUCUUUAAUACGUAUAAACAAAUGCAUACAUAUCAAUGUGUUGAUUUUGUCCGUAAACAGCAUGAUCAUUGGUUAAAAUUUGAUCAUGGACGUAUGAAAAUUUAUGACGCUAUAAUGAAACUAAAUAAAUUUGUCGAUGAAAGUGAUCCUGAUGUUGAUGUACCGAAUAUGUAUCAUGGAUUUCAAACAGCUGAAGGCCUACGAAAAGCCUAUCCCGAUGAAGAUUGGCUUCAUUUAGUAGGUCUUAUACAUGACUGUGGAAAAAUUCUUGCUCUCAACAAUCAGCCACAAUGGGCUAUUGUUGGUGAUACAUUUCCGGUUGGUUGUCAAUUCAGUGAUAAAAUUGUUUAUCAUAACACAACGUUUGUAAAUAAUCCUGAUUUAAAUCAUGAAAUCUAUUCAACUAAAUACGGUAUGUAUACGCCGAACUGUGGUCUCGAACAAUGUUUGAUGUCAUGGGGACAUGAUGAAUAUCUGUAUCGUGUUUUAAAUAAUCAUCCAGCAUGUACAUUACCUGAUGAAGGUCUAUAUAUCAUACGAUAUCAUUCGUUUUAUCCUUGGCAUACAGGUGGUGACUACAUGUAUUUAUGCAAUGAAACAGAUCUUCGACGGUUAGAAUUGAUUAGACGUUUUCAAAAAUUUGAUUUAUAUACAAAGGAUGAUAACGAUCUACCUGAUAUUGAUAAACUUGAAUCGUAUUAUUUAUCAUUAAUUGAAAAAUAUAUUCCAGGCAUCGUUGCUUGGUAA